AGGCCGGGAGAAAAUGGACAUCGGCACAAAAAGUUGAAGACAGACGCGGAGGAGGAGGACGCGGAGGAUCGGAAUAAAAAGUCACCCAAAAGGAAGAUCGUGUUGUUGAUGGCGUAUUCAGGGAAAGGCUACCACGGGAUGCAAAGAAAUGUGGGAUCUUCACAGUUCAAGACGAUUGAAGAUGACUUAGUAUCUGCCCUCGUUCAGUCAGGCUGCAUCCCAGAAAACCACGGGGAAGAUAUGAAGAAAAUGUCUUUUCAGCGGUGUGCUCGAACAGAUAAGGGUGUGUCUGCAGCUGGACAGAUUGUGUCGCUAAAGGUCAGGCUAAUAGAUGACAUCUUAGAAAAGAUCAAUAACCAUCUUCCUUCUCACAUCAGAAUUCUGGGUCUGAAGAGAGUCACUGGGGGAUUCAACUCCAAGAACAAAUGUGACGCCAGAACCUACUCUUACAUGCUGCCAACAUUUGCCUUUGCCCAUAAAGACCACGAUGUGCAAGAAGAGGUUUAUCGACUGGACAAAGAGACCCUUGAAAAAGUCAAUAAACUGCUUGCGUGCUAUAAAGGAACGCACAACUUCCACAACUUCACAUCUCAGAAGGGACCCAGGGACCCCAGCGCCAAGCGGUACAUAAUGGAGAUGUACUGCGGAGAGCCGUUCGUGAGGGAGAACAUCGAAUUUGCAGUCAUCAAAGUGAAAGGGCAGAGUUUCAUGAUGCAUCAGAUAAGGAAGAUGAUUGGGCUGGUGAUAGCUAUCGUGAAAGGUUACGCUGCCGAGUCUAUCAUGGAGCUCAGCUGGGGAGAGGAGAAAGUAGAUGUCCCCAAAGCUCCAGGACUUGGGCUGGUCUUGGAAAGAGUACACUUUGAAAAGUACAACAGACGUUUUGGAAACGAUGGGCUGCAUGAGCCGCUGGAGUGGACAGAGGAGGAGGAGAAGAUUGCUGUUUUCAAAGAGCAGUAUAUCUAUCCCACCAUUAUCAACACAGAAAGGGAAGAGAAAUCCAUGGUGAACUGGCUAAACACCCUCCCCAUUCAUGACUUCAACUCGUCUGUUGUCGGGAUGCAAGCUAACAACAAACAUUCAAAGAACGGCAGCGAUCUCGAAGGCAGUGAUGGUUGUGAUGAUGAUUCCGACUGAGCCAGUAAGUGGCUGGACGUGGGACCCUUACUGCUUGCAACUCCCUUUGUCUACAAAAAAGUGGCCUUUCUAAAUCCAAGAAUCCAGAAAAGCAGGGGUUUGUGUGCUUGCAGAUCAAGAACCGGAUGCCCGGGAGAAACUGGGUGGGGAAACCGGUGCGGUAGAAAAAGUAAAAGAGGCUUUUUAUACCACUGACCGAUUCACCUGACUGGUAUACUUGAAAAUAGUGUAACGUAAAAUAAGCUUUCUAAAAGAAUCUUGUAAUGCAGGACAUCUUAAUUGCUAUUUGAAUAAUGUUUUUAUUACAUGUUUAUCUGGAAAAUAGUAUUUUAAAUAUGUAUAAUACCUACAUAAAGAUGGGGCAAAUCAUUUUAAUAUACUCUUUAUUAUUAUUAUUAU